UCCUCGAAGUCAAUACCUACCUCCGCUAGUCUGGCGUCAGAUCUCGUCGGUCUUGCCACAGCCGGAGUGGCCGCAAUGGCUGCGGCCAUUUUGGGCAGCUCCUCCUCCGUCGCCACGACCGAUGAACCGGCGCCCGGUUCUGCUUCGACUGUCGGACGGGCUCUGGACUCAUUGCGUCGACCGAAUACACUCAACAGACUUGUUGCAAUUUCGUCGUCAGGAGGAGGUACAACACCUGAAACCCUUGGCGAUCCACACACCCACAGGCACAAUUCAACAGGGCGUACAGACAAAACGUCACCAGAUGAGCGCGGGAAAGGCAAACAGAGCGACGAGACUCAGUUUCAGGUAAGCACUUUGACCGAUACAUGCACACAACCAAUCACUCGUAAAGCCGGUGAGUCCUUUAUGUCAUGUUAUUGGAGGGAUGACGAAACUUUCCACGAGGAAUUUUAG